AGCAUGCGCACUUGGCGCCAGGGCCGCAGUCCUUGGCCCACCGAGCGCUCGCUUCCGGGGCGGGGCCGCGGAACCCGGAAGUAGUCGGGGACCCGGGUAAGGCUCCUGGGUCUAAGUUGUCUGUCGACGCUUUUCCUGUGUUCUCCGGUUCUCCCCGCCGUCGCCACCAUGGGGAAGCGACAGCACCAGAAGGACAAGAUGUACAUUACCUGUGCCGAAUACACUCACUUCUAUGGUGGCAAGAAGCCAGAUCUCCCACAAACAAAUUUUCGUCGUUUACCUUUUGACCACUGCAGUCUCUCCCUACAGCCCUUCGUCUACCCAGUCUGCACCCAUGAAGGCGUCGUCUUUGACUUGCUGAACAUCAUUCCGUGGCUUAAGAAGUACGGGACCAACCCCAGCAAUGGAGAGAAACUGGACGGGAGGUCCCUGAUCAAGCUGAACUUUGCCAAGAACAGCGAGGGGAACUACCACUGCCCAGUGCUGUUCACCGUGUUCACCAACAACACCCACAUCGUGGCUAUCGGGACGACCGGCAACGUCUAUGCCUACGAGGCAGUGGAGCAGCUGAACAUCAAGGCCAAGAACUUCCGAGACCUGCUGAGUGACGAGCCCUUCUCUCGACAGGACAUCAUCACCCUGCAGGACCCCACCAAUCUGGACAAGUUCAAUGUCUCCAACUUCUUUCAUGUUAAGAAUAACAUGAAAAUAACAGAUCCAGAUGAAGAGAAGGCCAAACAGGACCCGUCUUAUUACUUGAAAAACACAAACGCGGAGACGCGGGAGACGCUGCAGGAGCUCUACAAGGAGUUCAAAGGGGACGAGGUUCUGGCAGCCACCAUGAAGGUCCCGGAGAAGAAGAAGGUGGACAAGCUGAACGCCGCCCACUACUCCACGGGGAAGGUCAGCGCCUCGUUCACCUCCACCGCGAUGGUGCCGGAGACCACACAUGAAGCAGCCGCCAUCGAUGAGGACGUGCUGCGCUACCAGUUUGUGAGGAAGAAGGGCUACGUGCGGCUGCACACCAACAGGGGCGACCUCAACCUGGAGCUGCACUGCGACCUGACACCGAAAACCUGCGAAAACUUCAUCAGGCUUUGCAAGAAGCGUUACUACGACGGCACCAUCUUUCACAGAUCCAUCAGGAACUUUGUGAUCCAAGGGGGGGACCCCACGGGCACAGGCACAGGUGGGGAGUCGUACUGGGGGAAGCCCUUCAAGGACGAGUUCCGGCCCAACCUCUCGCACACGGGACGGGGCGUCCUCAGCAUGGCCAACUCGGGGCCCAACAGCAACAAGUCUCAGUUCUUCAUCACGUUCCGCUCCUGUGCUUACCUGGACAAGAAGCACACCAUCUUUGGACGGGUUGUUGGGGGCUUUGACACACUGACAGCCAUGGAGAACGUGGAGAGUGACCCCAAAACUGACCGCCCCAAGGAGGACAUCCGGAUCGACGCCACCACCGUGUUCGUGGACCCCUACGAGGAGGCUGAUGCUCAGAUCGCCGAGGAGCGGAAGAAGACGCAGCUGGAGGUGGCCCCGGAGACCAAAGUGAAGACCAGCCAGCCCCAGGCGGGGAGCCAGGGCCCCCAGACGUUCCGCCAGGGGGUGGGCAAGUACAUCAACCCGGCAGCCACGAAACGAGCAGCAGAGGAAGAACCGUCCACCAGCGCAGCUGUGCCCGUAGCCAAGAAAAAGCCCAGCCGAGGUUUUGGGGACUUCAGCUCCUGGUAGCUGCAGGCUGGCCACUCUGGGUCCCGGUAGCAACUCUCAUCAGCUCUGACUUCCAGAAUGUACCGUGGCUCUUCCUUUCUCCCAUUUCUGAUGCUGAAGCUGCAGGCACAGCCCUUUGUCGUCUCCCUGGACGGGCUCCCACCCUGCCUCUGUCCAUGUGGUGCCCAGGGACCUGCACCAGGCACGUCGGUCCCUUGUCACCCUGCAUCAUGCACAGUCCCCGGCAUUCCUGGUGCUGGGAACAAGGUGGCUCUACAGUGACCUCCCAGGGCCACCCUCCCCACCACCCCCCCACACCUUCCAUGCCAGGCCGGCCCAGGCAGGCAGGAACCCAGGCUUGCAAACGGCUCACUCGCCGAACUGCGCCUGCCCGGGAGGGCCACAGCGGCCGGCCGUGGGGAGGACCUGCACCCACCUUGUGUGCCCUGUGGGGACAGCCUGGCCCACCUUUCUCUGUCCCCAUGCACAAGCCCCGAUGGCAAUGGCAUCAAGCAGAGAAGCAUGGGGAGGUGCCUGGGGACUCCAAGGUCACCUCUUCCCCGUCCCCUGCAGGAAGCCAGGGCUGGUCCCUCCGUAUCAGGGCACAGCUCGACUGUGGCACGAGUUAAAACAAGACAGUGGACAUCAGAAGCUUUAUUUGUAAACCGCACACAGACAUGGGGCCGGGCUGGAGGUGCGACUGAGGGUGGCCUGCACGAGCUCUGCGGUCCCACGGCCACCUCGUCCUGCCAGCCUCACCCGUGGCCUGAGAGGAGGCCUCAGGGCCACGUGCUCAUCCCGGGGCAGAUGCUGCCGCCCCUCCCCCCCCCCCAACCGAGGGCGUUUGACAGAUGAGGGCUUACAUUUCUGUAGGUCAUUUUAGAGCUUAAAUUGUAUAGUUUUCUAGAUAUUAAAAUCACUUGGCUAUUGUAAUUACCCAAUGAGGUAAUUACAUGUUAAUUAAAGGACUUUUCGGAAAAUUC